AGUCUGCGACUGGGGUGGAGCCUAGACUGUUUUCCAACAGUAGGAGGACAUUUUUCUGUCAGCACAAAGGUCAAAAACAAAUGUAUGCUAUUUCAGCAGAGGAACUUCUAUACAUCAAAGCAAUGAGAAGACCAAAGAAUGUUACUGAUGCUGAGCUUUGUGAUUCUACUCAUCAUCCAGAGGGAUACAGAAAGUACACGUGUGAUUGGAGGAUGGAGGACUGUGUUACUGGGGGAGGAUGUGGACUUAUCCUGCAGACUGAUAGAGACAGACGAGGAGCUUGAACAGAUAACAUGGCAGAAAAGAACUUUGGAAGAAACACAGAACCAUAAUUUUAUGCUGAUUAAUCUCGAUGGGGUUACUAAGUUUAUUGCACCGAAUGGAUUGACAGGUAGAGUCCAGUUUACUGGGAACCCAUCAGAAAACCUUGGAUCUAUUCGAAUAACUGCUGUCCGACUGUUGGAUGAAGGCACCUUCACAUGUAUCUUUAGUGUUUUCCCCAGUGGAGCAUACACUAUAGAGAUACCUCUGACUGUGCUAGUUCCUCCAGUAGUGAGUGUGACAGUUGAUGUUCCUCCUGUCACUGGGGAAAAUGAGGUUGUCUUGGCAACCUGUGUGGCUGCUGGUGCCAAGCCACAGGCAGAUGUGAAGUGGAAGUCAGGUACAUUUGGCAGUUUGUUGAGGACAGUGACUAACUUCACACAGCACACCAACGGAACCACCACAGUACUCAGCCACCUGCUCGGGUUGCCAACCAGAGCAGCCAAUCAGCAGCAGGUCCAGUGUGUGGUCAACCAGUCUGCCCUGGCAACAGAAAGGAGCUACAACUACAACUUAGACAUCCACUAUCCACCUCAGACAGUGAACGUUACCUUUAGUGAGGCCUCUAAAACCACAGUCUUCCUAUGUGUAGCAGAUGGCAACCCACAACCCAGCUACACCUGGAGCAGAGUGGCCCAGCCAUGGCCUGGGUCUUCAGUGAGAGCAGAGGGAGACAUACUGCACUUCCUCAGUCUCAGCUCUGAGCUGAAUGGUCUCUAUGUCUGUGAGGCCUCCAACCCCUACGGACGAGCAACUGGUUCCCUCAAUGUACACAUAUCCUCUGAGAACUCUGCUGCCUGUUGGGCUCUACUCGUUGUUAUUCUCUGUCUGAUUGUUGCUGUGGCUGCACUCAUAUGGUACCAGUGCAAAUACAGACAGCUUCCUUGGAGUCCAAUCACUGCCAAUCAACAGUUCCAGGCAACACCACAGGUUGAUGAAGAUGAACCUGGGACAUCUGGGUUCUGACACUCCAAACCAGGAAGGCGGAUAAGGGAGAAGUAACGUGAUAAAUCACCGGACAGGCUGAGGACAGAUGCCAGAAGAAUCGCAGACAUGCACUGUGUGGGAGAAGAAUUCCAAUCUGCACAUUCUCCAACCCCACAGCCAUUUGCAAAAACAGGCACAUUCUCCAACAUUAAAAUAUAUAUUCAACCUUUAUUUAACUAGGCAAGUCACUUAAGGACAAAUUCUUAUUUACAAUGACAGCCUACACUGGCCAAACUCAGACAACGCUGGGCCAAUUGUGCAAUGCCCUAUGGGACUCCAAAUCACAGCCAGUUGCGAUACAGUCUGGAUUCAAACCAGGUUGUCUGUAGUGACUUCUCUAGCACUGAGAUGCAGUGUCUUAGACCACUGCACCACUUGAGAGCCUAAUGAACAGGGACCCUAUGCAGAAUUCUCUGUGACAUUAGAAACCUCAGCUUGGCCCAAUAACAAAAGUUUAUCUCAAUACUUUUCUAUAUAUCCUUUGUUGGCAAUGACAGAGGUCAAACAUUUUCUGUAAGUCUUCACAAGGUUUUCACACACUGUUGCUGGUAUUUUGGCCCAUUCCUCCAUGCAGAUCCCCUCGAGAGCAGUGAUGUUUUGGGGCUGUUGCUGGGCAACACGGACUUUCAACUCCCUCCAAAGAUGUUGCUGGAGACUGGCUAGGCCACUCCAGGACCUUGAAAUGCUUCUUACGAAGCCACUCCUUCGUUGCCUGGGGAUCAUUGUCAUGCUGAAAGACCCAGCCACGUUUCAUCUUCAAUGCCCUUGCUGAUGGAAGGAGGUUUUCACUCAAAAUCUCACGAUACAUGGCCCCAUUCAUCUUUCCUUUACACCACAUAUGUCAGAGUCAAGGCCCGCGGGCCACAUCCGGCCCGCGAGAAGGUUUUUUACGGCCCCUGGGAUGAUCUUGAUUUAUUAUUAGAACCGGCCCGCAGACCGCAGCAAGCCGGCAGCCCGCAGAUCUUUUACACGCACCAAUACUACAUUUCCCACAAUGCAACGGUGACGCACCGAGCAGUAGGCUGCUUCAUUUCAAUAUUUAUUGGCACAGCAGUCGUCAGCAUCACAGUAAAAUUAACUUUCAGAUACCCAUCAAAAAUGGCAAAACGGAAGGUGGACACUGAGAACCGGGGUUUCAAACAAGGUGGGAGUCGGAGUAUAUGUUCACGGAGGUAGCUGGAAAACCUGUGUGUCUUCUGUGUGGAGAAAGUGUGGCGGUACUGAAAGAGUAUAAUCUGAGACGACAUUAUGAAACGAAACACGCGGACAAAAACAAGAAUAUGGACAUGGAACAAAGGCUACAAAAGGCAGAGGAAUUAAAACGAGGCCUCAAAUCUCGACAGGCUCUGUUCAAAAAAGCCAAAUCACAAGGCCAGGCUGCUGUCAAGGCCAGUUUUAUUUUGGCAGAAGAGAUCGCUAAAUCAGCCCGGCCAUUUACGGAGGGGGAUUUCAUCAAAAACUGCAUGAUUAAAGUUUGUGACGAAGUUUGCCCAGAAAAAAGGCAACUCUUUUUAAAUGUGAGUCUGAGCAGAAACACCAUUGCCGAGAGAGUAGACCAGUUGUCCAUCAAUCUAAAAGAGCAGCUUGUGAAAAAGGGAAAAGAUUUCAUUGCAUAUUCCUUGGCUGUGGAUGAGAGCACCGACAUUUCUGACAUUGCCCAGUUGUCAAUUUUCAUCCGCGGAGUGGACUCCAGCCUAAGCGUGACAGAGGAGUUUUUGGCUUUACGUCCUAUGCAUGGCACAACUACGGGGCAUGAUUUGUAUGAAGAGGUGUCAAGAUGUGUAAAUGAGAUGGAGCUGCCUUGGGAAAAACUCGUGGGUUUGACAACCGACGGAGCACCUGCGAUGUGUGGACACAGGAGCGGACUGGUGGCGAAGAUACGGGAAAAGAUGCAAGAGGAAAACGCGACAGGUGAGCUGACAGCUUAUCAUUGUAUCAUACACCAGGAAGCGUUGUGCGGUAAAGCCUUGAAAAUGGAGCAUGUAAUGAGCAUCAUCACGCGCACAGUUAACUUUAUCAGAGCCAAAGGUUUGAAUCACCGCCAGUUCAAGGCAUUUCUGACGGAGUUAGAAACGGAGCAUGGUGAUUUGCCUUAUCACACAGAGGUGCGAUGGCUAAGCCAGGGAAAGGUGCUUCAAAGAUGUUUCGAGCUUCGUGAGGAGAUUUGUCUGUUCUUGGACAGCAAAGGGAAAGACACAACACAACUCCGAGACGAAAUGUUUCUGUGUGAAAUGGCUUUUCUGUGUGACAUUACGAGUCAUCUGAAUGCAAUGAACUUGCAGCUGCAGGGUCGGGAUCAUGUCAUCUCUGAUAUGUACAGUACAGUGAAGGCAUUUAAAACCAAACUGACUCUGUGGGAGACGCAGAUGCGGAAAGAAAAUUUGAGCCACUUUCCCAGCUGCCAGACCAUGAAAGAGAAGCUCUCUACCAGUGCGUUCCCGAGCGCACAGUUGGCUGAUAAAAUAGGUAUGCUUGCCGCUGACUUUCGACGCCGAUUUGCUGACUUUGAAGCACAAAAAAGCAGGUUGGAACUGCUCGGUAACCCAUUUGCUGUUGACGUGGAAAGCUCACCACCAAACCUCCAAAUGGAGUUGAUUGACCUCCAAUGCAAUGAUGCACUGAGGGCAAAAUAUGCGGCAGUGGGUGCUGCGGAGUUCGCCCGUUUCCUCCCCGACAAAAUGCCCCAGCUGCGCAUCCAGGCUGCUCAAACGUUGUCUAUGUUUGGCAGCACAUACCUGUGUGAACAACUUUUUUCUUUGAUGAACCUGAACAAAACAUCACACAGAAGUCGACUUACUGCUGAACACCUCCACUCAAUUCUGAGGAUUUCCUCAGCUCAGAGCCUUACCCCGAACAUUGAUGAACUUGUGGAAAAGAUGGGACACCACCAAGUAUCACCCUCAACCUCAAACAAGUGAACAUUACUGUGCAAUCACAUAUUUAGAGUUUUUACUCAGUUCAAGUUUAAAAGUUAAAGUUUAAUAUUUGUUUUCACUGCAUGUUACUUCUCCUUAAACAAAGUGUUGUUUUUGAUUAAUAGAUUUUUGCACUUUAUUUUAUUGUAUUUCAAUCCAAUUAUAUUUUAAAAAUAUUUCAGUUGAGUGGAUGAUAGAAAAUUGCUAUUAUUGUUUUUUUCUUUGAAGUAAAUUUAGCCCACUUUUGCUAAAAUAGAAAAUAUAGGCUACUGAUGGUGCCUUGAAUACCGGUUUCUUUCAUUUAAUGUUCAUGUUAUGGGGAUUUUUAUAUAAAGGAAAUUUGUCUUUUGUGUCUGUUGAAAAUUAAAGAUUACUGACAGAGCCAUAAGAAAAUAUUGAUUUAUUUAUCUGAUCAUAUUGGAAUAUAUUUGUUAGGUUUUCAGUAGGUUCAAUUAGGUUCACUAGACUAUAUGCGUCAUUUAAAAAAUUUUCAAUGAACAUUCGAACAGUCCGGCCCUCGGCUUGUAGCUAAAUUUUUUAUUUGGCCCUCCGUCCAUUUGACUUUGACACCCCUGCUUUACACGGAUCAGUCGUCCUGGUCCCUUUGCAGAAAAACAGCCCCAAAGCAUGAUGUUUCCACCCCCAUGCUUCACAGUAGGUAUGGUGUUCUUUGGAUGCAACUCAGCAUUAUUUGUCCUCCAAACACGACGAGUUGAGUUUUUACCAAAAAAGUUAUAUUUUGGUUUCAUCUGACCAUAUGACAUUCUCCCAAUCUUCUUCUGGAUCAUCCAAAUGCUCUCUAGCAAACUUCAGACGGGCCUGGACAUGUACUGGCUUAAGCAGAGGGACACGUCUGGCACUGCAGGAUUUGAGUCCCUGGCGGCAUAGUGUGUUACUGAUGGUAGGCUUUGUUACUUUGGUCCCAGCUCUCUGCAGGUCAUUCACUAGGUCCCCCCAUGUGGUUCUAGGAUUUUUGCUCACCGUUCUUGUGAUCAUUUUGACCCCACGGGGUGAGAUCUUGCGUGGAGCCCUAGAUCGAGGGAGAUUAUCAGUGGUCUUGUAUGUCUUCCAUUUCCUAAUAAUUGCUCCCCCAGUUGAUUUCUUCAAACCAAGCUGCUUACCUAUUGCAGAUUCAGUCUUCCCAGCCUGCUGCAGGUCUACAAUUUUGUUUCCGGUGUCCUUUGACAGCUCCUUGGUCUUGGCCAUAGUGGAGUUUGGAGUGUGACUGUUUGAGGUUGUGGACAGGUGUCUUUUAUACUGAUACCAAGUUCAAACAGGUGCCAUUAAUACAGGUAACAAGUGGAGGACAGAUGAGCCUCUUAAAGAAGAAGUUACAGGUCUGUGAGAGCCAGAAAUCUUGCUUGUUUGUAGGUGACCAAAUAUUUAUUUUCCACCAUAAUUUGCAAAUAAAUUCAUUAAAAAUCCUACAAUGUGA